AAAAAAUGGCUGCCUGCAGCAUUGAAGACGUGCUUGCUAAAGCAGAAAAAGAUGAGGCUGAGAAACUAAAAAGUAUAACGGUAAACAAAGAAUUAGAUCUCGAGUUUGAUAUAGGUAAUUUGCUCGCGUUAGACAAAAACUCAAUAAAUUUGCGUGAGUUUAAACAGCAAAACAAAGAAGAUUUUCUUCGUUCACUGGCACGAGACAACGCUCAACUCCUCAUCAACGAGAUAUGGAAACAUCCAUCAGAGCGAGUUGAAGACGUUAUUGUCGUCAAGCUUCCAGAUCCAACCACUCCAUUACCUAGGGAGAAGCCCGCACCCAAACCAAGGCCUCCGACAAAAUGGGAACAGUUUGCGAAGCUUAAAGGUAUUCAGAAGAAAAAGAAAACGAACUUGGUGUGGGAUGAGGUUAACAAGGAGUGGAGAAGGCGCUGGGGAUACAAGCGUGCUAAUGACAAUACGAAAGAAUGGCUGAUCGAAGUGCCCGAGUCAGCAGAUCCAAACGAGGAUCAGUUUGCGAAGCGAAAAGAGGCUAAGAAGGAAAGAGUGGCGAAGAACGAGUUUAACCGCCUUAGGAACGUCGCUAGAGCUCAGAAGAUUAAAGUGCCUGGGAUCGGACUGGCGCCCUCCGCCAAGCAGUCAAAGGCCGAGCUGUCUCGAGCUGUCAGUGUUGCGAAAACAUCCACAGCGUCGGUCGGGAAGUUCCAGGACCACUUACCCAAGGAAAAGACCCCGAAAAACACCGGGAAAAAGAGAACAUUCCAGCCCGUCAUUGGCGACUUUGCCAACGAGAAACAAAAGCAGUUGGACUUACUUAAAGUCAUGGACAGUAAGAAACCUCGUCUUGAAAUCACCAAAGCGGUAAAUAAACAGAUGAGGGAAGAGGACGCCGAAGCGGCUUCAAAACGUCGGAGGGUUCCAGGACAGAAGGGACGCAAAAGAAACAUGCCCGCUAAAGGAAAGAGAAGUGGUCCUUCUGGGAAAGGAAAGGGGAAGGCGUCCAAAGGCAGAGGACGAAACCCUCGCAUGAAACAAGGGAACCGUUAAAAUGAACCUAAGUGUUGUGUUUCAACAGCUCUCCCCCUUUAUGGCUUUGUGAUGCUCAUUCGUGGAAAAGUGCAUUGUUCAUCUUGAUGAUUUGACGUGCCUUAUGUUGAAGAUGUUGACCAGGUCUAUCUAGAAAGUGAAAGACUUCAGUGGUUAAAUUAAUUUUUACAUUGUUACUUUACAAAGUGUCUGGAGUAAUUUCAGUGUUGCCAAAUAAAUGUUUGCAGUAUUGUAUGCAAGUAGAAUUGGAAGCAGUCUGACAACUGAUGCACGGAUUUGAGUGGUUUUCCAUAAUAACAUUUUAGUUUGUUAAAGAUGUAUAUAAUAUGUGCAUCAUAUUUGUAAUCACCAUGGGUUUCUGUGCUAUUAUCUUACCCCACGUCUGUUCUCUUUUAACACCAUCCUUUCGAGUUUACCUGGAAUAAAUGUCUACAGAUAGUAUCAGCA